AUGUUAUCCGACUUCAUAAACCUGAUCACCAGGACGGUCUUCGUCCUGGCCUAUCUCAUACUGCUGGUCAUCAUGAUCGCUGGCUCAAUCCUCCUACUGUGCGGUAUUUUCCAUUGCAUGUUCGGAGAAUCUGAGUCCCGUCCACAUGCCCAGCCAAACGAAGCUUCACAACGUGAGAAUGCGCAGGAACCCGAAGUCGAACUUGAGGACUCUGAGACGGACGAUUAUGAGAAAGAUACCGAAUCGCUGGUUUGAGGGGAUGUCUUACUUUGGAGACUAGAUUUGAG